GUCACAAGGCGGCGUCGCGCUCCUGCAUUUGUUGUGAUUCGGCUGAAUAACGAGUGUUGAAGAACACCGAAAGGAAAGCUACUGAGAUCUAUGCGACGUAAAGAUGGUGUCUAUUAAAGAGGAGAGUGAAGACAUUAAGAUUGAAGAUGCAAUCAGUGUGAAACAAGAAGAUACUGAGGAACAAACAGAUCUGAUGCUGCUGAAAGAGGAGAGUGAAGAACUUGAUGGAAUGAAAGAAAAAGAUCAGUGUAAAAAAAAUGAUAAUGUAACUGAAGAAAUAUCUGAUAAGACUUCCUCACAAAAAAGUAAUUUCACCUGCCAACAGUGUGGAAAGGGAUUCUCUUCAAAGGCAAGCCUGAAACGCCACAUUGAAGCUCACUCUGGAGAGAGGCCUUACACCUGCCAACAGUGUGGAAAGGGUUUCACUUCAAAGGCAAGCCUGAAACGGCACAUUGAUGCUCACUCUGGAGAGAGGCCUUACGCCUGCCCGCAGUGUGGAAAGUGUUUCAAUAAAAAAGCAACCCUACAAGAACACAUACGUAUACACACUAGAGAAAAGCCUUAUACGUGCCCUCAGUGUGGAAACUGUUUCACUCAGCAUGGAAACUUUAACAGGCACAUGAGAGUUCACACUGGAGAGAAGCCUUACGCCUGCAAACUGUGUGAAAAGAGCUUUACAACAAAACUAAACCUUAAGGAUCAUAUAAACAGUCACACUGGUGAGACGCCAUUUACAUGUGAUCAGUGUGAAAGAAGAUUCCGAUAUAAGAUAACCCUUAAAAGGCACAUGAAGAUUCACUUAAGAAAGAGCAAUUUUACAUGUCCUCAGUGUGGAAUGAGUUUCUCAGACAGCAAAAACCUUACGAAUCAUGUGAUCACUCACACUGGAGAGAAACCACAUAUGUGCCUUGAAUGUGGAAAGACUUGCUCAAACAAUACAAAUCUUGCUGUUCACAUGAGAGUUCACACUGGAGAGAAGCCUUUCACCUGCCCUCAGUGUGGAAGGAGCUUCAGAUUCAUAGGAAACUUUCAGACUCACAUGAGAGUUCACACAGGAGAGAGGCCUUACAUCUGCCCUCAUUGUGGAAAGAGCUUCAGAUUUAUUGGAAACUUUCAUACUCACAUGAGAAUUCACACAGGAGAGAGGCCUUUCAAGUGUCUUGAGUGUGACGAGAGUUUCUCGUAUCAGAGAAACCUGAAAACCCAUCUGCUGACUCACUCUUGAAAAGAAUUCUAGUGUUUCCUCAGUGGCAAGAGAUUUGCAAAAUAGAGCAAUUUUUAAAAAUCAGCAGCUCAUUCAUUCUAGAGGUGGUACUUUUUCAAAGUUCCGGAAUUUUCGGGGGCGGGACUUGGGCACCAAACAUCCUGAUUGGUUGAGUUCACGCAGCAUUGUGAUUUCAACCACCAUUUAUACAGAUCAUUUUCAAAAUUUUACUGUUACUGUGUCAUGAAAUGUCAUUUUAAAUGUAUUUCAGGCGAAAAUGUAGUUGUUUAAAACUCAAAUCUGCUGUGUAUUUAUAAAGACAGAACCUAUUUAAAAAUGUGUUUUGCUGAUUUCAGAGACGGUUUUGUAUCUUCUGAAAUUUUGUCGCUUGCUCUGAUGUCUCUUUAGUGGUUAAACAUAACAGGUAAUCUUUGGUCUGUAUUCAAUGUAUAUGUUAAAUUCAGUGUUAAAAUGAAAAUAAAAAGAGGCAAUUGGUA